UCCUCCAUGUUAAAUUUAAUGGGCUGUUGUAGCCGGGGGAUUUUGUGCGUGUUGUAGAUUUGCAUGUAACUUGAACUCGUAGCAGCAAUGGAAUUACCGGUUGUUGAAAUUGAACUUGACAGAGGGAAGACGGGUCUAGGUUUUAACAUCAGAGGAGGCAGCGACAUUCCAUACAUUCAAGGUGAUUCUGGGAUAUUUGUGACUAAAAUACGAGAUGAUGGAGCUGCUGCUGCAGAUGGAAGGUUACAAGAAGGAGAUAAAAUCAUUGAAAUUAAUGGCUCCAAUGUUGAAUCAGUUACCCAUAAUGAUGCAGUAAAUUUGUUUUUAAAUGCUGGUGAAACGGUGAAGCUAAAAGUUAAACAAGGAGCUGAGCGCGCCAUACUGGACAGAAAAGCAAGAGCAGCAACGGAAAGAAGAAGAGGUACAACUCCAGAACAAACUAGUAUCAUNUAA